GCCGCUCCUCCCUCCGAACAGGUUUCGCGUCGCCGCCUAGAGCCGGCGGAUCUCCGGGCUGCGGCGGCGGUUCUCGGGGAGCUGCCUCUCGCGAACUCGAGCGGGCUCAGCUGUGCCUUAGCUCCGGUCAGGGCCAUGAUCCGCCAGGAGCUCUCCACAUCCUACCAAGAGCUGAGUGAGGAGUUGGAUCAGGUGGUUGAGAACUCAGAGCAAGCGGACGAGCGGGACAAGGAGACGGUCAAGGUCCAGGGUCCAGGGAUCUUACCAGCCCUGGACAGUGAGUCGGCCUCCAGCAGCAUCCGUUUCAGCAAGGCCUGCCUGAAGAACGUCUUCUCAGUCCUGCUCAUCUUCAUCUACCUGCUGCUCAUGGCCGUGGCCGUCUUCCUGGUCUACCAGACCAUCACGGACUUCCGCGAGAAGCUCAAGCACCCUGUCAUGUCGGUGUCUUACAAGGAGGUGGAUCGCUACGACGCCCCAGGCAUCGCCCUGUACCCCGGUCAGGCCCAGCUGCUCAGCUGUAAGCACUAUUACGAGGUCAUCCCGCCUCUUAGGAGCCCCGGGCAGCCCGGAGACGUGAACUGCACCACCCAGAGGAUCAACUACACGGACCCCUUCUCCAAUCAGACCCUGAAAUCCGCCCUGAUUGUGCGGGGGCCGCGGGAGGUGCAGAAGCGGGAGCUGGUCUUCCUCCAGUUCCGCCUGAACCAGAGCAGCGAGGACUUCAGCGCCAUCGAUUACCUGCUCUUCUCGUCCUUCCAGGAGUUCCUGCACAGCCCAGACAGGGCCGGCUUCAUGCAGGCCUGCGAGAGUGCCUAUUCCAGCUGGAAGUUCUCCGGGGGCUUCCGCACCUGGGUUAAGAUGUCCCUGGUAGAGACCAAGGAGGAGAACGGGCGGGAGGCGGUGGAGUUCCGGCAGGAGACCAGUGUGGUUAACUACAUUGACCAGAGACCCGCGGCCGAGAAAAGCGCUCAGUUGUUUUUUGUGGUCUUUGAAUGGAAAGAUCCUUUCAUCCAGAAAGUCCAGGAUAUAAUCACCGCCAAUCCUUGGAACACAAUUGCUCUUCUCUGUGGGGCCUUCUUGGCAUUAUUUAAAGCUGCAGAAUUUGCCAAACUGAGUGUGAAAUGGAUGAUCAAAAUUCGGAGACGAUACCUUAAGAAAAGAGGUCAGGCAACAAACCACAUAAGCUGAAGUUGCCGAUGUUCUUCGCAGAAACUGCCCGAGUUGAUGGAAGUUCUCAUCACUUCCCCUUUGGUAAACCAGGCUGCCAACGAUCCAGUCCUCACUUGAAGAAAAUGGGCUUUGCCAGGGGCUAGCCUGUCACACUGCAGCUUCUAACCUGGCCCCCCAGCGAGACUGUCUUAGAGCCCAGUGGAACAGAUCCAGUGGAUGACCUAAACGCUAUUUAAGUAUUUAAAUUAUUAAUGAACAUUUUGUGACAUAUGACAUGAAUAUGUCAAAUGGAAGAUGGACUCAGAUAGAAUCCAGUUUUCUGAAAGUUUGUGGAAGCCGUCUUCCUUCUUCCUUGGUUUGGUGUAUAGUUAAGGUCCAACAGGAUGAUUAAGGUUCUGAUCUUAGGUUUUCUCCUUGAGAUUUUUUUUAAAUGAACAGAAAAGUGUGUGACUUUCUUCUGCCCCACUGGUGACUCUCCGGCGGUGAUCACAGUGUGGAACCAACCAGUGUGCUAUUCAUGAGAAACACAAAACCCCUCAUAUCUCUGGUGCCAUGUGCAAGUCUCUGACACACUCACUCAUGUGUUAAAUAUUAAAUGAGACUGUUUUUUAAAACUACUGUGGAAACUAUAGUAAUUAGAUCACUUGGACUGAGCAGCCACCUACCUACCUGUCUGGCUAGAAUACUGACUGAUGCAUGUAUGAGUUUGGCGUGAUUAACAUGCAGAAGCGCUAGGACAUGUGUGCAGAGUAGGUCCCUCCUCAGUGAUUUGAUGAUUUCAUUAACAGGUGAGUAAAAGUUAGGUUGAUACCGAAGGAAUCAGUGAGCCAGUGUGUGCAUCUGCUCCAUCAGUAGGCACUGGUAUGCUUUUAUCCCGUGACCUCCAAAUAAAAGGGGGGGGGGUGAGCCUGGACUCCCACAGUACAUCACAAGCACGUGCAGGGAAGGGCAGGGUGGGCAGGAAGUGGCGGUGAAGCUCUGUGAAUAAGCUGUGUUAACUCUUCUGUCCUGCAGCCCACCCAUCUGAGAAAGGCACCCUCAGCAUGGACCCUCAGAGCUUUCAGCCUAGCCUGAAAGGAGUACCGUCUGGGUAUUUUUCACAUGAUAGCCAUUGACUGAUUUAAGGUUUUGGAAAUUAUUUUUGGGAGUUCUAAACUGUUUACAUGACCUUCGCAUCCAGAGAGGACUUGGGUAGUAUUUCUUCAAUUUUGUGGGUAGCACUUCUUCAAUUUCAUAAUUUGGUUUUAGGUAAUUCAAAGAGAAAAACUCCAAUGUAUGAGGGGGCCAAUUUUAAUCUCAUGUCUAACUUAGCAAGAAACUGGUUUUUGGUUGAAUUAUUAAAAGUGAACUUGUGUAAGGAAAUAUUCUGUGCUAUUUUUCUGUGGCACUGAAGCAGGCAUACCAACUUUAACCAAGGUCUUGUAACACUUUUCUGUAA